UAUUAAUAACCUCGGUGUCCAGAUUGCAAACAGCGGAUAGGUUACUGCGCAAUGAACGUUGCAUUCAGAAGACGACUAGCUCACAAGUUUGCUCAUGUUUGUGUGAAUAAAUCGUUUGGUAAACUCGUCUUGGAUGACGUAGACUUAGUCUACACGAAAUCUCUUAGCUUGAAGAAAUUAAUACUUUCAGGCCAGGAGUUGAAACACCUGGAAGUGGUACCUGAAUUUUGCAGUCACGAUGAAGAGAGAGAAAUAAUGGUUGAAGUGGACAGAGCUCUGAGAAGGAAACGGUAUGAAUACGACCACUGGGAUGAUGCAAUCCAUGGUUUCAGAGAGACAGAGAAGUCUCAGACAGCGUGGAAUGACACAAACAAAAACGUCAUUAGUCGUCUUAGUCGACAAAUAUUCUCUUCACAGGCAGAUGGAAAUCCUUUACUGAAUGUUCAUGUACUCGAUUUGGCUGAUAAUGGAUACAUCAAGCCCCACAUUGAUAGUCACAAAUUUUGUGGUUCUACUAUUGCUGGAUUGAGUCUCUUGUCAACCAGGGUGAUGCGAUUACAGCAUGAAAAGGACAUAACCCAACAAAUAGAAUUACUUCUUUUGCCUCGUUCUCUUUACAUUAUCAGGAAUGAAUUGAGACAUAAUUUCACUCAUGAAAUCUUAUUAGAGUGCAACAACUCUGUUUUUAAGAUAACAGAGCCGCCAUCUCGACGAGUAUCUCUUAUUAUGCGCAGUCAGCCAGAUAACAUUGUCAAGACAACAUGAAUGUGUUGAAAGAUAGAUCUACUUAUUGCUACGUAGAGUAUUUUAUCAGCAUCAUUAUAAUGUGCUACAUGCAUACAUAUAACUUCAUAUUCUAACAUGAAUUUUGUACAAACUGGAGCACGUACCUUGAGAAAGCUGUAUUAUUAUAAUAUCUGCAGUUUAUAAUGACCAUAUAGCGCAGCAAGCGUAACAGUCAGAGUCUUCGCUUC